AAAGGACCUCUAGCAAACUUAAGCCUAAAUGUCAUCAGUCGGAUGGUCUUCGAAAAGAAGUAUACGAUGAGACAGAAAACAAUGAGGUUGUCACCCCGCAGGAGUUGAAGGGGAUGCUUGAUGAAUUAUUUCUGCUUAAUGGGGUCUUGGAUAUUGGAGAUUUUAUUCCGUGGCUUGGAUUCUUGGAUUUGCAAGGGCAUAUUAAGAGAAUGAAGGCUUUGAGCAAGAAGCUGGAUAGGUUUUUGGAGCAUGUGUUGGAUGAGCAUAAUGCUAGGAGAAAGGGGGUGGAGGAUUAUGUUGCUAAGGACAUAGUGGAUGUGCUUUUGGAGCUUGUUGAUGAUCCUAAUUAACCUUGAGAUCAAGCUCGAAAGACAUGGAGUCAAGGCUUUUACCUAGGUACAAUAACUUUUCUCUUAAUAUAUUUUAUCUAUUUUU